AUGGCGGACUCGGACGGUGAGUUCGUCGCGGACGACAUGUCGGACGACGAUCUCCACGACCACAACGUCUCCGACGACGGAAACGACGCGAAUGGAUCGGGGGCCCGCAGCGGCAACGGAUCGCGCUCCAAGGGCCGGCGGAAGGGCGAUAGGAACGGCGCGCAGGCAUGGGAGAAGUCGAAGCGCACGUGGGAGACCGACCUCCCCGAGGAGGAGGAUGGGAUGCUGAACAUGGCGACGCUGGAGGCGGAGAGGCGCAGGAAACUGCUGAGGGACACGACGCCGCUGCAGCGAGGCAUCAUCCGCCACCUGAUCGUCGUGCUGGACAUGUCCUUCGCCAUGGCCGAGAAGGACCUGCUGCCGACGCGGUUCCGGCUCACGAUCAACUACACGGCCGCCUUCGUCAAGGAGUUCUUCGAGCAGAACCCCAUCUCGCAGCUGGGGAUCGUGGGGAUGCGGGACGGCGUGGCGGUGAGGAUCAGCGACUUGAGCGGGAAUCCCGCUGAGCAUCUGGAGAAGUUGAAAGACCUCCCGAGUCAGGAUCCUCAGGGCAACCCAAGUCUGCAGAAUGCGUUGGAAAUGUGCCGAGGUGCUUUGUUUCAUGCACCGUCACAUGGAACUCGGGAGGUCCUCAUCAUCUACGGAGCAUUACUCUCCAGUGAUCCUGGUGACAUCCACGAGACCAUCGGUAAUCUAAUCGCCGACCGCAUUCGAGUAUCGAUUGUCGGCCUUUCUGCGCAUCUCGCCGUUUGUGCAGAGCUUUGCUCCCGAACAAACGCAGGCGAUGAGUCUCAGUACAACAUCGCCAUGGACGAGGUCCACUUCCGUGAGCUCUUCCUCGCCGCCACGACACCUCCCGUCACACGCACCGCCGAGCAGAACGUCGCCAGUCUGCUCAUGAUGGGCUUCCCCUCGCGGACUCUGGCCCCGAGCGGCAGUAUAAGCUACUGCGCGUGCCACAGCAAGCCAUACCGCGAAGGGUACGCCUGCACCCGCUGCGGCGCCCGCGUCUGCCGUCUCCCCACCGAGUGCCCUUCUUGUGGCCUCACCCUCAUCCUGUCGACCCAUCUCGCCCGCAGCUACCACCACCUCUUCCCGCUCCGGAACUGGGUGGAGGUGUCCUGGGCUGACGCUGCCGCGUCUACCGCGUGCUUCUCCUGCAUGUGCCCUUUCCAAGAACCCAAGGCUUCUGCACAAGCCGAUGGUAAGAACGCUGCCGCUGGUGCUAAAGAAGCCCAGCCGGCCAAGCACAAAGGUGUCAGCGAGAGUGGUCGAUACGAGUGCCAGGUCUGCAAGAACCACUUCUGCAUCGAUUGCGAUGUCUACGCCCACGAGGUGGUCCACAACUGCCCCGGGUGCCAGAGCAAUGUGCACAGGCAGCCCCAAACGUCAGUGACGAAUGGGAAUGGCACGACCGUCCAUGGAGACACGGUCAUGGCAGACGGCUAG